AUGGCAGCUCAUCAUGUUCAAUUUCAAGAAGAAACCCAAAACUAUCAGAAAAAUACCACAACAUCCAUUAAAAAUCUUGAAGUCCAGCUGGGUCAAAUCGUUCAACAAUUAGCAUCAAGUUCUCAAGCACAAGGUGAUCUACCUAGUGCAACUGUGCCCAAUCCUAAAGAGCAUCAUAAUGUGAGUGCUUUGACAAUAAGAAGUGGUAAAUCAGAUGAAAUUGUCGAGGAAGUGGAUAAAGAGGAAGACCAAUUGAUCAAAGUGGACCUGGAGAUAAAAGAAAAUGAAGUUGUUAGGGAAGAAGUCGUAGCACCGAAACCUGUUGUAAAAGAAACGAUCAUUGAGCCUAAGCCGAUUGUUAAGCUUCCCUUCCCCACUAGAAACAAGAAAAAAGGACAACAUGAGAAAAAAUUUGAAAAAUUCUUAGAGUUGUUCAAGAAGCUGGAGAUUAACAUUCCUUUGUUGGAGGCACUUGAACAAAUGGCUACUUAUGCCAACUUCAUGAAGGAUAUCAUUUCGAAGAGGCGUACCACCGACACUAACCCAAUUACUCUAACUGAAACUUGUAGCACUAUUUUGCAGGUUAUGAUGAUCCUGAUAAAGAAGAAAGAUCGAGGAGUUUUAACCAACCCAUGUACUAUAAGAGAUAGGUCGUUCAACAAAGCUCUUAUUGAUUUGGGAGCUAGUGUGAGUCUCAUGCCAUUAUCCAUUUACAAGAAGCUUGGUAUAGGGGUUGUGCAAGAUACCAGGAUGACACUCCAAUUUUCCAAUCAUUCGGUUAAGAAACCGUAUGACAUUGUUAAAGAUGUUUCUGGUGAAGAUUGA